AUGAGCGUCCGUUGCAGUACUCUGAGCCCUCAUAAGCCCACUCUCACAGAGGAGUACCUGCCGGAUCAGGCGGGGAAGGUCUUCAUCAUUACCGGCGCUUCUGGUGGAAUAGGCAAAGAGCUAGUCAAAAUUCUCUACUCCAAAAAUGCUAAGAUUUGGCUGGCUGCUCGUAGCUAUUCCAAAACAAAGACCGUCAUCGAGGAGAUAAAGGCUGAGCACCUGACUUCCACUGGGGAGAUGGUCUUCCUGAAGCUCCAGCUAGACGACUUAUCCACAAUCAAGGCAUCGGCACAGGAGCUUCUUUCUCGAGGGAGCCGACUAGAUGUGCUUUGGAACAACGCUGGUGUGAUGGUUCCACCUCAGGGCUCUACCACUGUACAAGGACAUGAGCUGCAGCUAGGCAUCAACAACCUCGGUCAUCAACUCUUCACGCAGCUGUUGACUCCCCUCUUGAAGAGGACAUCGCAGAUAGCGCCGCACGACUCGGUUAGAGUCAUAUGGGUGUCAUCAAGUGCAGCUGAUGGUGCGCCGCGCCCAGCCAUCGACUUUGCCAACAUGGACUACCAUAAAGAGGAGGGUAUCUGGUCCAAGUACCCCAGAAGCAAAGCUGGGAACGUGAUUCAGGCGGCGGAGUAUGCGCGUAGGAUGAAGGGAAGCGGCAUUCUCAGCUUGUCGUUAAACCCCGGCAACUUUGUUACCAACCUCCAGCAAAAUAUGCCAAAAAUGCAAUUGGCCAUGUUCAAACUCAUAUCGCAUCCGCCAAAGAAUGGUGCAUACACUGAGCUGUUUGCUGGUUUGGAUCAGUCCAUCACUUCGAAGGACAAUGGUACCUGGGUUUCACCAUUCGGUAAGAAGGAAGAGCCUCGGAAAGACCUCAUCGAUCCCGAGUUGGGCGCGAAGUAUUUGGAAUGGUGUGAGUCCCAGGUUAAGUCCUUUUAUUGA